UACUUGGAUUAGCCGAGGCUCGGUAUUCUAUCUGUCAUUCGCCAUUCUGUUAAUUUCGUGCUAAUGAAACGAAAACCUUUCGGAGUGAGUGUGAAGAAAUUGAUGUAAAAUAAAAAAUGUAAAAAAAAAGUGAAAAAGAGUCUCUCAGCGUGACAAAAAAGAGAAUCAGUAGCGUGCGAUCGAGCACAGGUAUGAAGCGGGGUUGGGGCUAGGAAACUCCAUCAGCGCACGCAACCGGUGCUCUUCAGAGCGUCGCUCGGAGCAGUCCCUAUUUAAGCAUCAGAUGUGGAAGCUAAUCCGGUUGCUUCAACCUUUGCCAGACCGUUCAGACCUCCAGGAUUCAUUUCCGGUCACCUACACGAGAACCGUGCCUGUACCAGUGCCCGCUCCUUGUCCGGCUCAUUUUCCUGUACCGGUACCACAUCCAAACGCUGUGCCCCAUCCGGCGGUUGAAUCGGCGCCUGUCCCAACGCUUUCCAUCACAUAAAAAAACCCAUUUGAUACGCAAAUAAAAUCACUAAAAUAAAAAUAAAAUGUUUUUAUAUUUUGCCGAAAUCUCGAUUUGUUCUAAC